GCGGGCAGCUACCGGAAAUACGUUACGCGUCGGCGCUCGGGCAGAAGGCGGCCCGUAUCGUGGAAAUCCGCUUCAGUCAAACGCACAUUUAAUCAUAAGGAGCAAACUGUGGCAUUUACAUCUCAUAAAACGUCUAUUAAAACACUGCCGAUAAGAAACCCCAGAAUUACAGGGGUGAUGAGCUGGCAGUGCACGCGCGAUUUAACAAGGACAUCCGGCCAUUCCAGCGGUCUUCUCCUGAUUGGCUGAUGUGUUCGCGCCUAAACCUAAUGACAUUCGCACGUCCACUCGUGGACGCCCACGUUCGCGUUUUCGUCGCGGGGCUGCGUGGACACGAGGCCGGUAGCUCAGGAGAGGAAGCCGAGAAACUGCAGUGUGCGGACACUUGACGGAGAACAUAGUCGAGGAGCAGCGUAAGCGAAAUGGCCGAGGCUGCAGCAUCUAGUCCUUCUGAAGAUAUUACUGAAGGAGUUCCUAGUGAUGUAGACAAGGAAUUAGAAAAAAUGAUAGACGACAUGGAACAAGUGUCAGUGCAGUUGACCUGCAUGGUGACUGACAUGGUUAUUCUCCGCACAAACCCUGAAGUGAUGAAGUCAAUGAAGAAGAUGGAAGACGGAUAUUUGAGAUGCAAGUCGAGUAUAAAGGUUGCACAGCAGGAAAGUGUGGAGUGCAAAGCAAAUGUGUCAGCUUGCAAUAUAAAUCAGGCAAUGGAUUAGAAAUGGGCCUUUAAAGAGUAGUCCUGUAUCCGUAGAUCUGGUUUAUUACUGGAUUAUUUAGUUCUCCUGUGUUGGACUCUUCAGUUCCCAUUGAAAUCUUCUUGUAUUAUCAACCAGAUGUAAACUUUAGAGUGUUACUUUUACUGUCUCUGGCAGAUUUAAGCAGUUGCUACUGACCUUUAUGAAAAGUGCUUACAGUUACCAGUAAGAGGAGUUCUGUAUGUUCAUAACAAAGCAUUCCUGAGUAAAUACCAGGUUGACUCCAUGUUGUGUUCUUGGUGUGUGGAUUGUGAAUAUUGUUCUUUUGUUCGAGUUUCA